AUGACAAGGUUUCAUAGAGAAUGUCUUUCUAAAAAGCUUUUCGACGGAGCUGAGGCGAGGAAUCAUUCCGAUGGAUGGAUAUCCGUCCGGCAGCCCAAAGAUAAGGGGGAGCUAACACUGAGAGGGUUGUCACCCCAUAAGCUCGACUUCCAAAGUCGACGAAACCCUUCAACCCCGUCCAAUCGAUGUGCGUAUUCCAAAGUUUUUGGAUGA